UCUAUAACAAUCUACUUUUUGGUUUAACAACAAAAACAGUGUUUUUCUGCACUCCUAGUUUAUACUCUACCCUUAGUGUGAUGGCAGUUGUAACGAUGACCGCUACAACGCCUUCGCCAAAAACCUCUCUGGCGAAGCUCGUGCUUUACCCUAAGCCGAAACCAUUUAAAAUUAUGGUCCUAGGGCAAUCUGGAGUUGGGAAAUCGGCGUUGGUGGUACGGUUUAUUACAAGGCGUUUUAUCGGUGAAUACGACCCCAGCUUGGAAAAGAUAUAUGCCUACCAAACCAUUAUCGAUAACGAAACAGUGUAUUUUGAAAUCCUCGAUUCGGCUGGAGAUCCGAAUGAGAGCGAGUACGCCAAUUUAGAGAGUAACAUCAAAUGGGCAGAAGCGUUCAUCUUGAUGUAUUCUGUGACAGACAAGUGUUCCUUCGACGAGUGCCACCGGUUAAAAUUUCUGAUAAAUUAUAACAAAAGACGGCGUAGGCUCGCUUCCUCUACAAAGGAUUGUAUGGAAACGCCUGUAGUGCUCGUGGGUAAUAAAGUGGACCAAGUUGGCGAUCGCAUGGUGAGCACAGAUGAGGGACAACGACGGAGCAAGGAGAUUGGCUGUGUAUGCUUUCACGAGAUAUCUGUCCGGGAGAGCAUUGAUCAAGUAAGCUGUAUGGUUUGGAGUGUGUUCCGCGACGCACGUCGUUUCUGGCGAGUGGGCAGUAAGUGGUCGAGGUGUGGUGGGCGACCCGAGGAGGUGCUUCCGUCCUUGGACCGCCCGCUGCCGAGGUCCAUUUCCGACGCGACCCCGGAUACCGUGGCUAAUGUCACUACUUUCUAUCGACGAUUUACAGAAGUUGAAUUGGACGAAGAUGGGGGACGUGGCAUCGUCCGGAGCGACUCGACGUCAUCAUCUGGUCACUCAGAAGCUGGGGACGAGUUCCGUGCGCGCGCGAGCACGGACUCCCGCCUCCCGCCCCGACCAGAGCGACCACGACACCCGCCGUCCCCGCGACACCUGCCGCCACCUGUGCGCAAGAUGAGCGUCUCGAUGAGAGGGAACAAUGCUAACACCUAUUGAAGAGUUCCGUGGUUCAUGCGCGCUACUCUUCGUGGCACUGUCUAGAAUUUACCCACCAUUUUCUUGGUUCAAGCCAAGAAUUGUUAAUAUUAUUAAGUUUUUAUAGUGAAUAAGUUGAAAUUAUCAAAACCAAAGAAUAAUUAGUUAUAAAAUAGUUGUACAUAAAUAAAUGCUGAUACCUCGAUCUAGAUUUAUGGAUAUGAUAAUUUAAAAAUGAAAAUAGUAUCUAAACUGAGCAAAGUUUUUUGUGUAUAUUAU